AAAAUUCUGCCAACUCCAUUCACAGAAAUAUUUAUAUUUAUAUUAAAAUUAAAAAAUAAUGAAAAAUUUAUUAGGAAUGUUCAUUUAGGUACGUGGUGCAGAAUCUUUAUUUUAUUCGGGUUAGAAAAAAUAAUUUAAAUUUGGAAGGUCAUUUCUGCACUUGGAAGUAACGAUCACAAGUUAUUCAGAAUAAUGUUUUUCAGAAAGUGAUUUAUAUUUUAUAUAAAACGAAAUAAUAAUAUGCAAAUGAAAGUAUAUAAAUAAUGUCAAAAUAACCAUUAUUUUGGUUGUGUUUGUGUACGAAAAUAGAAGACAUAAAGGAUUCCUGAAAAAUAUUCAAGAUGGAAGAAGGAUGUAAGAAAGAUGAAGAUAUUACUGAUGUUCCUAGUUCCAGUGAAAGAAAUGAAACUGUGGAUUCAGUGCAGGUGGACAAUUCCCGAACUGUUUUGCUGAAAAUAGCAACAUUGUACGCUGAACGUCUAAUGAAUGAUAUCUGCCUCGUCGUAGAUGGUGUCGAGUAUCCAGCACACCGACUUAUUCUUUGUGCUUCUAGUGACGUGUUUCAGGUGAUGUUAAUGAGCCCUCAAUGGACUGAAUCCCAAGAAAGCAGAGUCACAUUACAAGAAACUCCUCAAUGUGUUCCCAUUUUUAGUGAAUUUCUCCGUUAUUUUUAUACUGGUAAAAUAAGAAUCAGCCAUGAAAUUGUACUCCCAAUACUCUCCUUAGCCGAUAAAUACAAUGUAAAAGAUUUGAUUUCCCUAUGUCUCGAUUAUAUGGAAAAUCACAUUGCUCUAGCUGCAACUCAUGGAACAUUAGUAUCUUGGCUCCAGUACACACUCAAUUGUGGUCAUCACAACAUCACCCAGGCAUUUCAAAAUUUCAUCAAAUGGAAUCUUGAACUUGUUGCAAAAACGACAGAUUUUGGAAAUUUUGAAUUGGACAUACUCGUUGCUCUUCUUCAUCAAAGCAGUUUAGUAAUCAAGGACGAAAUGACAUUGUAUAAAUGUCUUGAGUCCUGGCUUGAUCAUCAGGCAAAUCGUUUGAAAUGUCAGAUGCCAAUUAGUGAGUUGGAAUUAACUUUAAAGCAACUUGUAAUGGCGGUCAUGUCACCAGUGAGGUUUCCCAUGAUGUCUCCACGUCAGCUGGCUGAUUUGCUUCUCUCGCCUCUCACUCAAAAGUACAAAGAGUUUUUUGUCGAACGCAUGGCGAUUGGAAUGUCCUUUCAUUCCGGACAAAACGAACGCGUUAGGGAAGUUAUUAAAACUGAAGAAGACGGAUGUUUGCUGUUCGAACCAAGACUUUACACCGUUGACACGUGCAGCUCUCUUUUAACGAUAGAAAACUUUCAUAGUUUGCGAUCGUAUCAUACGCGAACUCUUGUUUUUUCUAGUCAUUCUUAUCUCGCCGAAUACGCAGGCGACCAAACUUGCGAAUGGGUCGUUGAUAUUUAUCCGAAGGGUGUUUGGUUUAAAAAAUUCUUUCUCAUAGUUUGGCAAGGAACUGUGGAAAUGCCGGAACAUGUCAUACGAUCGGUGAGACUUUCCUUGACCUGUAAAGAGCCGCCAGCCAAUAGUGAUUCUGAUAAAAGAGUUAAAAUCGGAGUUUUGAUCUAUGGACUUCAAGAUGGUGUCGAACACAUUGCUAGAGUGAUGGAAACUAUUCACAGAUUUAAUAAAAAUGAUCGUGUCCUUAAUUUAGAUGAUUUACUGCCCUUUGAGGAGCUGAAUCCUCAACAGAAUGGAGCUAUGAACUCGGAGACGGCGAUCUCUUCUUUUCUCGUUGGUCCGAAUAAGGAUAUGCUAAAAUUACAUAUUGUCAUCUCACCGGCAAAUCAUAAUAUUCUUGAUGAGAUUUGACAGUCGAAAAUGAAACUCUAUCAAAUUUAUAAAUUUUCGUGAAAAAAAAUUUAAUUUUUUUUCUUGAGAAACUUGUUACAGAUUCAUAUUUGUUUUUAGAUACUACAAACUAUGUCUUCUUUAGUAGCUGAAUGCAAGAAUAAGCUAAACCCUGACAUAUACUCUAUGCAAGUGCAAAAUUUAAUGAAAAUAAUUUCAUUGGUUGGAAUAGAAACUUAAUUUCUUUUUUCUCUUUCAUAAAAUUAAUAUUAAAGAAAACAACUUUUUUAUGACAAUAAACUUCAAAACUAUGUGUAGAAAUAACUUUUUUCCGCAGUACUACGACGUCGAAAUAUUGAUAAGGUCGUGUUUGUAAAUCGAAAUUAGAAUCAUUUAGUGGAAAUGCACUUAAACUGAAGCACAAGUUUGUUAGCAUAAAGCUUCUAAAAAUUAUUAACAAGUAUCGAAGUAUGUUGUUAUUUGUUAAAAUUCCAUUUAAAAAAAUGCGAUUUAUGUUGGAUAAUUUUUAAGAUAUAUUUUCUCUGAAAAUUAAAACAAAAUUUGUUUGUUGAAAAAUAAAUGUUAGUUUUAUCAUAUGUCAUAUUUCAAAGUGAAAGGGAUCUUAUCUUUCUUAACUUUUAGAUUAUUUUAUAAUAUACUUUUCGCUUUAAUAAAGAUUCAAUUUCUUUAAUAAGUAUUUUAUUUCACUUAAUAUUUUGCAUAUAAUAAAUUGCAUAUAAAUCGAAUAUAAAUAAUUUCCAAUAAGAACGAAUCACUUUAAAUUUCACUUCGAAAAUUUAGCUUUGUUAGGAAAGUUUAACAUCCUUUUCACUGAGUGAAAUGUCACAUAUUUAAGAUUUACUUUACAUGAAAAACGAUAUAUAUGUACAUAAUAGUUUUUAAAUUUAAAGAUUUUUAUUUAUUUUCUAUAGGUCUAUCAUUCUUAACAUAAUUAUAAAAAAUUGUAAAAGUGUAAAUUUGCUACGAAAAAUUAAAUAGUUGAUAUUUCUAAUAUUAUAGUGGUACACAUUUGGUUCGCCUAAAUUACAUAUUGCCUAUAUACUUUCACAAUCUUUCUGGCUUGAUUCUUUUAUUCUUUUAAUAUUUGAAAGAAUUAUUAUUAAAACAUUAAUAUUUCAAUGAAAAUUAUCGUUUUUCAGCUUAGAAGAAUUUCUAAUCCAUUUGAUUUUCAUUAAUAAAUUUUAAUAAAUUCAAUUCUUUUAUCUGAAAUAAUUUUUUCUUCAUAUUUUAUUCAUUUGCUUUUGAAGUGUGAUCCUGUGAAAGUUGUCUACAUUAUUUUACACUAUUCUCUAAUAUGGUGAAAAAAUAAAAAUGAAAGUAGGGAGGAAUCCGUCAUUUAGGCGACCUGACUGUAAAAACUAGUAUCUACGUUUACUUAAAAUUAAGAAUUAGAUACUGUUAACUGUAAGAAGAAGAUUGGAGACAGAAUGGUAAACUCGCAUUUUUUCCUAUAUAUAGGAAAGUGUGAUGCAAUACAGAAUAUAUUUAUCAUCGAAAAUAAUAUUAAGCAAUAAGUACAAGACCUUCCUGUCUUUAGUUUUCUUGAAUUGUAUGGAUCUCUAAAAUCAGCAAUUUGCUCUAUGUAUAUAAUUUCAUAUGUAUAUAUGAAUAUAUGUAUAUAUUAUAAUGGACUUUAUUAUUAUUAUUAUUAUUAUUAUUAUUAUA